AUGGGGAGCUUGAUAGACGAAGCAGGAACUGAGGAGCAGCCCUUGGACCCGAAGCCAUUGCACUCACUAGCGCCGAUGUUCCCUACCCCUCCUGGGUAUGAUCUAGCAACUGCUGGAUCAUCCGACCCACCAUUCUUCUACUACAUCACACCAAUACGACAACACCCUGGGCCGGCUCCAGCUUCAUUUGCUGGGCCGCCGCCAGGGCCCUGCUCCUCACCGCAACAACACCCUGGGCCGGCUCCAGCUUCAUUUGCUGGGCCGCCACCGCAACAACACCCUGGGCCAGCUCCAGCUUCAUUUGCUGGGCCGUCACCAGGACCAGGGUCCGCAGUUCCUCUGAAGGCCACGCCAAUCUCGGCAGCAUUUCCCGCGCGGCGACUCAAAGAGGAACUGUCGGAUGAAGACUACACUCCUGCUUCCGAGAAGAGGAAACCAUCUUCAUCUUCACCCAAGAGCACAGCCAAGAGGGUUCGGCAGGCCGGAGACUCCACUGCAGCCAACACCAAGCAGAGACCGAUCAGGAGGAGCCUCAGCAAGGAGCUCGCCGGCUGGCCCUCCGCAUCGGACAACCCAAGGGAGGCAGUGGAAGCGACCAUGGCCAUGUUCGACUCGCUCCGGCGCCGGACGCUGCAGCUGGAUGAGAAGGAGGGCUUGGGCAGGCGCGCCGACCUCAAGGCCAGUGUUCUCAUGAACCAUAACAACCUGAAGAUCAACAGCCUCAAGACGAUAGGCCCCGUCCCGGGCGUCGAAAUCGGAGACAUCUUCUUCUACAGGAUUGAGAUGUGCAUCGUGGGGUUGCAUGCGCCAUCCAUGGCCGGCAUCGACUACCUGUCGGCUAAGCUUGUUGCCGGGAGGGACGAGAGCCUGGCCGUGAGCAUCAUCUCGUCCGGCGGAUACGAGAACGUUGAAGAUGAGACCGACACCCUGGUGUACACGGGCCAAGGAGGCAACAGCCGGCGCAAGGACAAGGAGAAGCACGACCAGAAGCUGGAGAAAGGAAACCUUGCUCUCAGCAACAGCGCCAGCAAGAAGAACCAGAUCAGGGUGGUGCGCAGUGCACGGGACCCUUUCUCUAUCACAGCAGGCAAGGUUUACAUCUACGAUGGAGUGUAUCGCAUCGAGGACUCCUGGAUGGACACGGCCAAGAACGGGUUCAGUGUGUUCAAGUACAGGCUGAGGAGGGAGCCAGGGCAACCUCAUGGAAUUUCAGUCUGGAAGAUGACAGAAAAGUGGAAGGCAAACCGUGCCACAAGAGAAAAUGCCAUGGUGCUGGAUCUAUCAUCAGGGGCUGAGAUCCUGCCUGUGUGCCUUGUCAACGAAGUCGACGGCGAAACGGGGCCGAGCCACUUCAAGUAUGUCACCGGAGUGAAGCACUCGAGACCUCUUGGUAGGAACAAGCCAUUGCACCACUGUGAGUGUACUAGUGUGUGCAUGCCAGGUGACCCCAAUUGUUCGUGCGCGCGACAGAAUGGCGGCGAUCUUCCCUACAACUUGGACGGGGUGCUCGCGAGGCAUGUUCCGAUGCUUUACGAGUGCUCUCGUGACUGCCAUUGCACCAAGGACUGUCGGAACAGGGUUGCACAGAGAGGUGUUCAGCUCAACUUUGAGGUGUUCCGGACCGGAGACCGUGGAUGGGGUCUCCGAUCAUGGGACCCGAUCCGUGCCGGCGCAUUCGUUUGCGAGUAUGCUGGUCAAGUCAUGGACGAAACCAACAUGAGCAUGGAUGUCGAGGAGGACGAGUACACCUUUCGCACAACAUGUCCAAGUGACAAGGCUCUAAGAUGGAACCUGGGUGCAGAGUUGCUCGAGGAAAAAGGUGCAGAUGCCACAGCUGAGAGGUUUAAGAAGCUUCCUGUCGUGAUAAGUGCAAAAGAUGCAGGCAACGUUGCUCGUUUCGUCAACCAUAGCUGCUCCCCGAAUCUACUCUGGCAGGCUGUGCAAUAUGACCAUACCGAUGACAGUUAUCCGCAUAUCAUGUUCUUCGCUAUGAAACAUAUCCCUCCUAUGACUGAGCUGACAUAUGAUUAUGGCAUUAGAGGGGCUCCUCCGGGCCUCAAGGGGAAAUCUCCCCUGGCUUGCAAGCUCAAGCCAUGCUUAUGUGGAUCUGCAAACUGUCGAGGUUCUUUCUGA